AAAGGUCUCGGCGGAAAAGGGAAAUUAACAGGAAAAUUAAUCGAUGAAUUAACUAUAUAUUAUGGCCUUAGCAUACGUCGAAAUUGUAAUUCUAUCGAGAAAAUGAAAAAAGAAAUAUGGGCGACACUGUAUCAUAAAAUUUCCACAGACGAAGAACCGCAACAUGACUACUGUCCAUCCGGCGCAGAUUCAUGGUGUUCAUGGCAGAAAGCAAAAGCCUCUGAUAAUUUAGAAGAGUACACACAUAAAAAGCCUCUUAAUAAAGAAGUUUUCAAUGUCAUAAAACCUAUUUACGAAGAUUUAAGCAAUGACGACCUUUUAUACCGUUGCUUAGGAGGCUUUACACAAAACAAUAACGAAAGCAUCAAUGCUGUUGUAUGGUCAAUAGCAUCAAAAACAUUUUCAAGCGGUAAAACAAUUCUUGAUAUAACGGCAGAUAUUGCUGUUUGCAAAUUCAAUGAUGGAUUUACAA